GAUUUUGCAGAGCCUUGAGAGGGCCUUGGGGGACCCCCCAGGGGUCCUCAGGCCACACUUCAAGAAACGCUGACCUAACCAAUAAGCCAAGAAAACAAAUUGCAAUAUCUAAUUAUAGUCAAGCAUAUGGCGGCGGGGAGGGGGGUCCAACUGCUACCCAGGGGCUACCAGAUCUGGGCUGCAAAAAUCCAGAGGAUCUCUAAAUGGCACCAGAGAUCUCUUUGCUGUCAUUUAGUGGUCAACGGGAUUUUUGCAGAAAACAUAUGACAGCUGCCCCGCUUCCCAGCGGCUCGUUAAAACAAAGGUGCGUAGCUCGUAAGAUCGCAAGCAUGAGAAAAGCUACUCUUUAAAGCUUCGGGGCAGCCACGCCCCUUCGUCGGGCGAGAGGCAUCGAUUCCUGCAUUGCGCAUGCUCAGUCCGAAAGACCCUAAGGUCUUCCUUCACAGUCUCCGUAGCGGCGCAGGAAGAACGAGAGGCGGAGUUUGUCCUUCUGCAGCCUCCGUACUACGCCAGCAGGCAUGGCCGAAUAUUCCUGCGUUAAGAAAACCAAGCUGGUUCUUAAGGGGGCCAAAUCCAAAAGUAAGAAAAAAAGUAAAGAUAAAAAACGGAAAAGAGAAGAAGAUGUAGAAGAUCAACUUGAUAUAGUUGAAGGCUGGUGGACAGUAAGCAAUUUUGGUGAAAUCACAGGAACUGUAGCAAUAGAGAUGGGUCUUGGAACCUAUAUCAGUGCUCUUGACAAUGGCCUUUUCACUCUUGGAGCCCCACAUAAAGAUGAAGGCCCUAGUCCUCCUGAACAAUUUACUGCAGUCAAGUUGUCAGAUACAAGAAUUGCAUUGAAAUCAGGCUAUGGGAAAUACCUUGGCAUUAAUUCAGAUGGGCUUGUAAUUGGACGUUCCGAUGCAAUAGGUUCAAGGGAACAGUGGGAGCCAGUGUUUCAAGAGGGGAAAAUGGCUCUGUUAGCAGCUAACAGCUGUUUUAUCAGUUGUAAUGAAGAAGGUGAUAUAAUAGCCAAAAGUAAAACAGCAGGCAGUGAGGAAAUGAUUAAGAUCAGAACAUGUAUAGAAAGAGAAGCCAAACAAAAGGAUGACAUUUCUGAGGAAGAUAAAGGAAAUGUAAAGCAAUGUGAGAUCAACUAUGUAAAGAAGUUUCAGAGUUUUCAAGAUCACAAACUCAAAGUAAGCCAAGAAGAUAGUAAAAUUCUGAAAAAGGCUAGGAAAGAAGGCACUUUCCAUGAGGCCCUGCUGGACAGGAGAUCAAAACUGAAAGCUGAUAGAUAUUGCAAAUAACCAGAACUGUGGAGCACUUUUUUUCUUUCUUUAUUAGCAGCUUUUUGUGUGUGUAAAUUCUUUUAAAUAAAACAGACUUGUCAAAGAUUAACUACUCUAAAACGUUGGGUUUUUUUCCUUUAGGAAGUAAGUCCUUGUGUUAAUAUACUUAAUAUCUCCAUGUUUCUAAUGGCAUUACAUUAUAAUCACUACAGGAUUACCGAAAAAAAGAAGCAUAAAUUUGGAGAAAAUCUGUGAAUCCAAUAUAUAGUAGGACAAGAAUUGUGAUAGAGACAAAUGGCUCUGGAUCGCUUAAAAAAGAGCCAUACAUACAUAAAAUUAAGUAUCAUGCCAUUAGUAGCAUUGACAACUUUUACAAGCCUAAGUAAAAACUGUUCUAAGACCCCUUUUACAGGAAGGCAGUUACUUCCAUUUUAAUGUUAGUUCAAAAUCAAGGUCCUACCACAGGAGGAGGAGAAUUUGCUGUUGAUGUUGAACAUAUGCAGGAUAGGACCUGCAAAAGAUGCUCCAAUAAGACUGAAGGUAAGGGAUAGACUUUAUGGGAGAAGGUGGUCCCACAAAUAACUUAAGCUAUGUAAGCUAUCAUACAUCAAAGUGAACACUUUGGAUUGGGCUUAAAAGGCAACUGGCAAGCAGUGUAGAGAUUUCACAAGAGGUACCACCACCAAACUGCUGCAUUUGGAGCCAGCUACAGUUU